UCCUCCGAAUGGUUAGAGUCGUCUAUCGAGAGUGAUUUAGGUAUGCGAUUUGCAAAUUGGAGCCUUGGCUUUAGCCUUUCACAAUUUUGCUUUCUUCAAACAGUUUUUCUAGUGCAAGAGCAGGUUAUUUAAAAGAGCACAUUAUUUGUACUUGCUCAUUUUCGUGAUUCGGGAAACUGAGAUUUUGAUAUCCGUAGAUCCGUUAUUCGUUAUUUUUUCGGUUCGUGAACCGUGCCAGAGACUCCCCCUGUACGACCCUCUCCAAUAAAGGUCCCUAUUCUAAAAGACCUGGGUACGAAAACCACAGUUAGCUGCCAUGGUCGAGGGUGAAGUUUCUGGUCUUCCUCUCACUAGUUGUCCAGAAUUAUAUUCAAAAUCUUUAGUGAGCUUUAUUGCUUCGCUUGAACCUUUAAACAUCACGUGGAAGUGCGUAUAGGAACACGUUCUACCUUUAAUAACCGACAUUCUCGACGAUCAUUCGCCGCCGUUUUCCAUUCUCAGUGUCGGAAGUGGAGAAGGUUUCAACGAUUUGCCUUUUAUCGAAAAGCUGAGCGAAGUCUAUCGAGGUAGAAAUGGAAAACUUCAGUUGUUUUUACGCGCUAUUGAACCUGAGAAAACUAAAUUGGUAGCGUUUCGUGCGAAAGGAGAAGAUUUACCCGAAAGUUUGAACCAAAGGGUCUGCAUGAAAUUUGACUGGUGUCCUGUGCCUUUCCAAGAAUAUGUUGAACAAAAAAAACCAAAUGAUGCGAAGUUUGAUGUUAUUCACUUUCUGCACAGCAUUUAUUACGUUGCUGUUGAAAAUGCACUCAAACAUUGUUAUGAGUGCGAGCUUGGGGAUAAAGGAAUAAUUUCCUCCUUUACUCAAGACAAAGACAGUCCUUAUGUUACAUACGGUCGAGCGUUCUCUUCCGAAGGCGUUAUUUUGAGCCCUGGCUCAUAUUACAGCAACAAAGAGGUUAUAGAGGUGGCAAAAAAGAAUGGCUGGAGGUUUGUAGAGUGUCCUGGAGAAGUUACUGCUGGUGACCUAACGGACAUCUUUGAUAGUUCUUCAGAAGAAGGAGGUCGUGUAUUGGAUUUCCUAACUCAGCGUGUCAACACGAGACUAACGUUGAGUGAAGAAAAAUUGCAGAAAAUCCUUGACUACUGGGAAAAUGAGUGUACUGAUAAUGAAACUGGAAGGAAAAAGAUUUCUUUUCAAACAAGAUCUGUCAUGAUUUUAAAAGGUAUUUAAUAUCUGUAACCAUUUGAAACAAAGAAGGUUUUGAAAUGACUGUCAAAAGUAAUAAUAACACAAUUAAGGUUGCUUAACACAGUUUUUGAUACCUAUGUUUCAUUCACCUUUUUCUCUUGAUCCCCCGGUCG